AUGAGUGAAUACGAGCCUGACAAAUACCUUCCCACUAUAGACGCAAUUCUUAGUGUUGCAAAUCUAGAGGAAAUUACAGUGAAAAAGAUUAGAAAAGCAUUGCAGGAGUUGUUUGGAGUCGAUUUGAAUGAACACAAGAAAGAAAUAAAUGAGGUCAUAUUAAACAGAUACUACAACCUUCAAAGAUCCCGGGAAGAGGAGUCGGAAGCUGCGAAAGACAGGGACCGUGAGGAGAUGGAGCGUCAGGAUGCCUUGCUUGCGGCAAAGCUACUGAGACAAGAGACAGUGAGGCAACCAAGGGCCAAACGGAGAUUGACAAAGACCUCGACCUCAACCUCGACCUCGUCCACGAAGGAGAAGACAAGAAGAGCUCCAAACAACGCUUUUAAUCGGGAAAUGGCUCUUAGUCAUGAGCUACAGGAUGUUAUUGCUCAAGAAAAAUGCUCAAGACCUCAAGUGGUGAAGCACUUGUGGGCUUACAUAAAGGCAAAUAACUUACAAAACCCCAAUGACAAACGUCAAAUAAUGUGUGAUGACAAGCUUCAAAAGCUAUUCAAAAAGAAGACCGUUGGAUCAUUCGAAAUGAAUAGGAUAUUGUCCAAGCACAUCUAUGUGCCAGAUGACAAUGACUAUACGUCUUCGUCUCAAGUACAAGAUGACUUGGCUGUCGACAACGACGAUAAUGAAGGCGAUGACGAAGAUACUAGCUUAGAAAAGACCACAACUCAAGUAGAAGAGGCAUCAGAGGAGGAAUAA